AUGGCAUAUCCCCUUCAAUUAGGCCUACAAGAUGCUACUUCCCCUGUAAUAGAAGAACUUAUUCAAUUCCAUGACCAUACCUUAAUAAUCGCACUUUUAGUUAGUACUAUAGUGUUUUAUACCAUCCUCACUACAGUAACAACUAAACUCACCAAUAAAAACAUGCUAGACUCACAAGGAAUUGAGACUAUCUGAACCAUUGCCCCAGCACUAAUUCUUAUCUUAAUCGCUAUACCCUCCCUCCGCGUCCUAUACAUGAUGGAUGAAGUAAAUAAUCCUCAUCUAACAGUAAAAACUAUCGGACACCAAUGAUACUGAAGCUAUGAAUAUACUGACUACAAAAACCUAGAGUUUGACUCUUACAUAAUCCCCACACAAGACCUGAUUCCUGGUCAAUUUCGGCUAUUAGAGACAGACCACCGGAUGGUAGUCCCAACUGACUCUCCUGUUCGAAUGUUAAUUACUGCUGAUGAUGUUAUUCACUCCUGAGCUGUGCCAACUCUUGGGGUAAAAAUAGACGCAAUUCCCGGACGGUUAAAUCAAACCACUUUCGUGGUAUCCCACCCUGGAGUAUUUUAUGGCCAAUGUUCUGAAAUUUGCGGAGCAAACCACAGCUUUAUACCAAUCUCCGUAGAGGCUAUUCCACUUAUCCACUUCGAAGACUGAUCAACCUCUAUACUAGCUAAAAUUU